AUGGCCAGUCUGCAAGACCACAGUCAACCCACUAGUUCUGAGGGCAAGUCUAAUGGCCAUCUGUCUCCCAUCUGCAUCCAAACUAACGUCACAUGGUUUAUAGAUCUUCUCAUCGGCACCCUUCUCUUUCAAAUAUCAGUUAUCUCGUCCCUCGCCAGCUCUGAAAUGUCGCGCAAGGAGACUGAGGUUAGCCCGCUAUUUCAGUCUCGCCGGCUGUUAGACUCACGCAGAUACAGGAUUAUUGCAACCAUGCUUUUCAAACGUUUAAUUGGACGGGAACAAAGGGAUCUCUCAAAAUCGCCGAAGACCCGCAAACAGCUAUCGGAGAAGAGAGCAGUGCCCGGGACCUCGUAG